CCGAAGCAGACGUGUGCAGACGUUGUUCUAAUUCUGGUCUACAAUCGGUGUUUGCUCUCUCUGUUAUUGCCUGACAGCGAGCAGGCCUGCUACGGAAGGAGGAGGAGAAGGUAAUUGCCUGGAUGCCAGCAGUAGAGUGCAGUACCUUUUGGAGCAAAGGAAUAAUCGACAUCGAAUUUCUGCAUGUCAGUCUAAAGCUGAGAUUGCCUAAGCUCGAGUUUUCCCGACUUGCUGGGCCCGCCUCCAGCCCUGCGCUUCCAAAGGGGUGUGGUUUUUGCUGGGAAAAUGGCCGACCACGGCAGAAAGGAGUGCCAGGAUGUAGAAAUAUAGCGCCCGGCGGUGUCAGCAGAGUCCAGAGAACUGGGGGCGUCUGUUUCUGUGGGUCUUGCCCCUGAAGACCAGUCCAAACGGAGGAGCAGGGGAAGGAGGAAAAAUUUCCUGAAUCAAAUCUGCAAGAGUCUGGAAAAGCGGAAGGGACUACUUGGAUGUAAGGGUGACCCUGUGACCCUGACUCAGGACGUCUGGAAGGGUAAAGAUCAUAGGUCUCCCUGUAUCUGCUGUGUUAGCUGCUCCUACCUACAAGAGCUGAAGACUUUGCCCUGACUUGAGAGUACUCUGGACCAGAGCAAGCCAGCUUUGUGUCCAGGUUAAGGGAUUCACUCCGGCUGUACCAUGGGCCGCACUCGCGAAGCUGGAUGUGUGGCUGCCGGCAUGGUCAUCGGGGCUGGUGCCUGCUACUGUGUAUACAGACUGACCUGGGGAAAAGAUGAGAAUGAUAAACUGUGGGACGAGGAAGAAGAUGAGGAAGAGGAGGAGGAAGAGGAGGGAGAGUCUUGUAGUGACAAACCAGAGACUGGGGGCAAAACUGAGAAAGGAGUUAAGACUAGUGCUGGGGUGGGGGCAGGAGUCAAACCUCAGGAUGACUCAACGGCCAAGGCUGAUGAUGUAAAGGAGAGCGGUCCGGGUGUAAAGAUCGAAGCACACCCAGAAUCCCAGGGUGGAGGUGGCCUAGAAGCUAAGGCUAAGGCCCUUUUCAAGAUCCUAAAGGAACAGGCGAGUGCAAAGGCAGGCAGAGGGAUCAGGUUUGCUAACAUCUCUGGGACCAGGACCCUAGCAUCGAGUUUGCCUUGCCCUGGAGGCAGGGGUGGAGGCUGCCACCCAGGCAGAAGUGGAGCUAGGGCUAGGAACAGGACAAGUGGAAAAGCCAAGAGAAAGAAUCGCAGUAAGAGCAACAAGGCUCCAGCCACAGCGUGGCCUGUACGCAGGGGCAAGUUCAACUUCCCCUAUAAAAUUGAUGAUAUUCUGAGUGCCCCUGACCUCCAAAAGGUCCUUAACAUCUUGGAGAGAACAAAUGACCCUUUUACUCAGGAGGUGGCCUUGGUCACACUGGGUAACAAUGCGGCAUAUUCAUUUAAUCAAAAUGCCAUACGGGAAUUGGGUGGUGUCCCAAUUAUUGCAAAACUGAUAAAAACGAGAGAUCCCAUUAUUAGGGAAAAGACUUACAAUGCCCUUAAUAACUUGAGUGUUAAUUCUGAAAAUCAGGGCAAGAUUAAAACUUACAUCAGUCAAGUGUGUGACGAUACCAUGAUCUGUCGCUUGGACUCAGCUGUGCAGAUGGCUGGAUUAAGACUGUUAACCAACAUGACUGUGACGAAUCAUUACCAACAUUUGCUUUCCUAUUCCUUUCCAGACUUUUUUGCUUUGUUAUUCCUGGGAAAUCACUUCACCAAGAUACAAACUAUGAAACUGAUUAUAAACUUCACUGAAAAUCCAGCCAUGACAAGAGAGCUGGUCAGUUGUAAAGUCCCAUCAGAGUUGAUUUCCCUCUUUAAUAAAGAGUGGGAUAGAGAAAUUCUUCUUAACAUUCUUACCCUUUUUGAAAAUAUAAAUGACAACAUCAAAAGUGAAGGACUUGCAUCAUCCAGGAAAGAAUUCAGCAGGAGCUCACUGUUUUUUCUAUUCAAAGAAUCUGGAGUAUGUGUUAAAAAAAUCAAAGCGUUAGCAAAUCAUAAGGAUCUGGUGGUCAAGGUGAAAGUUCUGAAAGUCUUAACCAAACUGUAAUGUACAAUCUGUUCCAAGCAACACUGAAGCAAUUAAGUUUGUACGUGGGAACAAUGUGUUUCAUAAAUUCUUUAGUUUCCAUUACACUUGUGUGGCAAAGAGAUCCCUUGAGCUGCUAUUUAGGAAUAAUGAACAUCACAGAUUAUCAAUAGCCGUUGAUGCUGGCUUUAGACUGAGUCAUUUUAAAUAUGCCAAAUAUUAGAGCUUGCACAAAGACAGCAUUUAUCAAUUCAACUUUGCUACCUAGGAUGAGAUAUUUUUAUUGCUUACCUAAACCCACAGUGAAGUAACUAUAUGUCUUAAAUAAGCUAUACUUUUCUAUUGAUUUGAAUUUGUCCAUUUAACAGUUGUACUUUAUCAAUAAAGUUAAGUUUAAGCAGUA